AUGAUUUUCUCACCGAUGAUCUUUGUCAUUCUGUCGCUUUUGCUGGCUCCUUCUGCCGUAUCACAAACAUGCACACCCUGUGAUGAUGUGCACUUCUUUCUUGCCCGUGGUAAUAACGAACCUUACCCAGGACGUCAGGGCGAUUUAGUAGCGGCUACCUGUGAUGGUCUGGCCAAUUGUGGAUAUGAGAAUCUCAUCUAUUCCGCGCUCUUCACAGAUCUAUCCUGUCAGUCGACAUAUGAUGGGACCGUUGCUGGCCACAAGCAGCUGACAUCGUAUGCGGAGCGGUGUCCCAAGUCGAAGCUCAUCCUUGCCGGGUAUUCUCAAGGAGGGCAGAUCGUCGCCGAUAUACUCGGCGGUGGAGGUGGAGUUUCGUUCAAUGGUUGCAUCCAGCCGUCUACCCCUGCACUUGACCCCAACACGAGCCCAGGUAGCAGACUCUCCGCGGUCAUCAUCUUUGGCAACACCCGUCACACGAAGAAUCAGCCGUAUAAUUUCGGCAAUGGCUCCAGUUAUGACGGCCUCUUCCCGCGAACAGAUCCUGCUAUGUUGACCGGACUCGAUGCGUACGCAGGCAUCAUGCGUGACUGGUGUCUGGAGCCCGACCCAAUCUGUGCAGGCAACAAAUCCGAUGCUCUAGUCUCCACUCACCUUGGCUACUAUGAUGUGUACUCUGGUGAAGCAGCAGCCUGGAUCAAGUCCGUUGCCUCGCUGACGGACAAUUCGGACUUUCAGACUGUUAUUCCCACCAGCAUCAGCGGGACCGUGCAAGACUACGCAACGGUUGGCAAUUUCACACCCUCUGGGACGGUAUCUACCUCAGCUACCAUUGCUCCAGUCGUUGAGUGUGGAAGUACAACAGCAAACGGCACCAAAACCUCUAUGACUCUUUCGACCACCAGUAAAGCGCUUAGCACUACUAGCGGCGAGCGCAGCGAAGCCACCAUAGUAUCCACCGCUCCCAGUAGCAUCCUAACUCCUACAUCGGCAGACGCAGCAGCAACUACUAGUUCUAGUGGAGGCACAAAUGCUGGCAGCACCAGCAUCCCUGCCAUUAAUAUCGGCGUUGUUAUCUUCUUCGCCCUGCUUGUUUCCAUUGCGGCAUGA